UUCUCCCCGGGCCCCGCAGAAGGUCGCUGGGCGAAGGGACGGGAGAGACCAUGAUGGGUGGCGGACUCCGCCGGCGGGCGCUGCCGGCCUUGGCUUUGAUCUGGGCGGCCGUGGCUGCAGCUGGAGAGCAGCCCGCCCACCUCUCCUCCGAGGUGUUCUUUUGCCAAAAGGACGCCCCGCUUUACGGCCUGGCUCGGACGCUGGACAACGACCUGCUCUUCUGGUACGACUUCCCGGGCGCCCGCUGGCGCUCCCGCCGGCCCGACUUCCAGCCAGAGACGCAGCUUUCCGAAGCGCAGAUCGAGGCCCAGAAGAAAAUCUGCGACGCGGUGCUGCCCUUCCUCACCGACUUUUCAGACAAGUACAUUUCCAUCCAGUUCCCCGAGGCCAGAGGGAUCCCCCAAGUGGAAGUCUUCACCCUCCGUCCGCUGGUCCUGGGCCAGCCCAACGUCCUGGUCUGCUCGGCGAGGAACAUCUUCCCUCCCGUGGCCAGGAUCGAGUGGGCCUUCCACGGCCGGCCGCUCACCCAGGGUGUCUCCUCCACCCCGGUCUUCCCCGUCGAAGGGCUGGAUUUCCAGAUCUUCUCCUACGUGGAGGUGACCCCCCAGGCAGGGGACAUCUACAGCUGCACCGUCAAGGGCAAGACCGACAGCCUAGCCUACUGGGUCCCCAGGGACCCCGUGGACUCCAAGCUCCUGGAGAACAUCCUCUGCGGCCUUGCGGUGGCGGUGGGAGGGGUCUUCGCCAUCGUGGGGGUCAUCCUGCUGGCCCACUCCUGCAGGGCCCGGAGUGCAGACUGAAGCAGGAUACCCUCCUUCCCCUCCCCCCAUCCAUGGAUCGGCAUGACGCAGAAGCCCUCGCUGGGAAGACGACCCCCCCCCCCCCCCGGGGGCCAGGGUUUCCCCCCCCCUCCCCCAAAAGCCACUUUUUGGGGGGGGGGGCGGGGGAGGUGCUUCCUUCUCUGGCCCUCAAUCCCGACCAGCAGCAGGACCGAAUCUCUCCCUGGGAGGGGCCUCUGGAGGUCCGGAGAGGGGUCCCACCCGGAUCACCCCAAAGGAUGGAGGCAGAUGGCAGGUUGAACCUCCAUUUCUGCCACUGCACUUCUCCCUCCCCCCCUUUCCCUUCCCCUC